CGCGAGCCGAAUGUGUGUUAUAAAAUUAUUGGAAACAAAAAAAAAAUAACAAAUAAAUUAUGAGGCGAUUGGUCGCGAUCGUCAUCGCGUCGUUAUCGGUGGCGAUUAUCGUCGGGCCGAGCGGUGGAUCAGCGGCUGCGUCGGCGAAAAACGACGACGAUUUUCCGAGAAAGCAGUCGGCGAUUUUCCAACUCUUGUGGCAGAGCAGCGGCGGAAGCGGGGCCGGAUCGCCGGCCAAGAGCCAUCCGGAGAUUUUCGAGCGCGUGAAAAAUUACAAGCUCGAUAACGUCGUCGAGGCCUGCAACAAUAAGACACUGGCCCGAGAGUUAGAGGCUUACAUGAAGUUCCACAGGGCCGAUAAGAUUCGCGUCGUCUCGUACUAUCGCGACGAGGACGUCGAGGCCAUCCGCAGCCUCGCCAACGUGCUCGUGGACGCCCGGACUUUCGACGAUUUCGUCACGAUCGCCGCUUGGAGCGACGAUCGGUGGGACGAGCUCGCCUGGAUUCACGCCCUGGCGAUAGCUCUACAGCGCCGGGAGGACUGCCGCGGCCUGCGCAUGCCCAAUCUCUGGGAGAUCGCGCCGAAUUACUUCUUCGGGGCGGACGUCGUCCUGCAGUCGUACAUGAUGAAGACGGGCGAGAUGUCGCGGGCCGACAAUACCAUCGUCGACGACGACGACGCGGAAUCAUCGGACUCGACGGAGCAAUCCGUGCUCGCCUACUAUCUCGAGGACGUCGGCUUGAACGAGUUUUACUUCAAUUUCGCGAGCUCGAGGCCUCACUGGCUGCCGGCGAUCGACGACCAGGAGCAGACUCACGGCGAGCUCUACUGUCACGUGCACAAGAUGCUGCUGGCCAAGUAUCGGCUGGAGAUGAGCGCGGCCAACAUGAGGAAGCCCGACGUCGAGCACAUCGACUGGGCGCGGCCGAUCGCGAUCGGUUACGAGAGCGACAUGAUCCACCACAACGGCCGCCUCGUGCCGGGUAGAGUCGCGGGCACCAACUUGCCCGCGAGAAGCUACGCGUGGCUCGAGGACGCGAAGCAUUACGAAUCGCGCCUGGCGAUGUCUCUGGACUCGGGCGUCAUGAACAGUUACAUCUCCAACAGGCUGAGCCUGAGCGAUCCGCGCCACUUCAACGACUUUUGCAACGUCCUCGAGGGCAAUCGGGCCACGCUGGACCUGCGAUACUUCGGCUCGGUCGAGCGCCUCUACCGACGCCUGCUCGGCAGUCACGCGAAGCAUCUGCCGGCCAGCAUCGAGAUGCCCAUGACGUGCUCGCGCGAUCCGGCCUUCUACAGAUUGAUCAAGCGAAUCGUCGAUUUCGGCGAACAAUACAAGAGCCGCCUUGAGCCUUACUCGCUGGCCGAGCUGACGUACGACGCGGUGCGCGUCGAUUACGUACAUCUGGACGAUAAUUUGCAUACUCGCUUCGAGGCGUACGAGUCGUACGUCAAUCAUCAUCGGCGCGAUUUGCGAUCGACGACUGACAGCGGCAGUAAUCAUCAUCAGCAGCAACAACGUCAGGCCCAACAAUCGUCGUCGUCAUCGCCACCGCCACAGCACACGGUCAAGGUUCGACGAACUCGACUGCAGAGUCGGCCGUUCGAUUACGAGAUCGGCGUGCACGCCGAUUCGCCGGCCAGGGCCGUGGUCGUCAGGCUGUUCCUCGGCCCGGAGCUCGACGAGUUCGGGCGCGAGAUCGACCCGCUGACCGAGAGGCAUCGAUUUUACGAGAUCGAUCGCUGGCUCCUCGACCUGAAAGCUGGCAUGAACAAGAUCGUGCGCAGCAGCGCCGAAGCCGUCUACUAUGCGCCGGAGCCGGUCUCCAGUGCCGCCUACAACAAACUCGUGGCCCGCGCGGUCCGUGGCGUCGGCGACUCGGACGGGAUGAGCAAACCCCUCCGACACGCUCUGCCGGGGAGAUUGAUUUUGCCUCGAGGUACCGCCGACGGACUGAGGGUCCAACUCUUCGUCUGUCUGCAUCCAGCGCCGGAAGAGAACAAAAUUCAUCGAUACCGGUCCGCCUUGUUCGAGGGUCUGCUGCUCGAUGGCCGAUCGCUCGGCUUUCCCUUGGACCGGCGCGUGUCCGACGACGUUUUGCCCAAGUUCCAAAACGUGAAAAAUUGCAUGCUAAAACCCGUGCGUAUUUUUAACGACGGCAAAUCGGAAGAUGCCGACGACGCUGAACCCUAGGCUAUCGUCGAUGUACUUUGCGUCAAUUUUCCACGAUGUUAUCCUGAAAUAUACAAGUCUCGAUAACAUGGUAUUUACGUUUUUCUUUUGAAGCGAAAAGAAGUUUCUCGCUUCUACGUAACAAUCCGCUACGUCUAAAAAAAGACGAUUGUGAAACAUCUUUUAAUUCAUAAAUACACGCCAUUUGGCAAUAAAUAAGGUUGAUUUGAAAAGUGCACGUUUCAAUUUUUUUUUUGCUUUUUCAAUCCAUCAACAUAUUUGUUCGCAUAAGCUGAAUAAAAAUAUAUCCGAGUUUACAGGGUGCUCUAUACGUAUGGCGUGCAAGAAUAUAAUGUAUGUUUACAAACAUUUGUUUUUAACUUAAACUGAUAGAUAUCGUAAAGAAUAUCAAGCGAUCUUUCUAUGACGCAUUUGAGAUGAUUUAAUUGCUUU